AGUGACAUUAUGAAAAGGUUAUAUUUUAGUAUAAUGUUAUGGUUUUGAGAUUUGUUGACGCGGUAAGGAUGCUGGAUUUUGAGUAGUAAUUUAGUUUAUCAAUUAACAAUGUGUGAAGCUGUUACAACUAUCUUAAAUGAUAUUUUAAAAGUCGAAGGCAUCGAAGAGGCAUUUAGCUGCUUCCUUGUGCAUAGAUUAAACAAUGAAACGGAAAAAAUUACGACCUGGCAACAAGAGCUAAGUACCGCAUUUAGAAACACAAACCCAGAGCAGUUAGAUGUAGCAGUGAGGCAGUAUUUAGGUAUAGCAUAUGGAUGUUCUCAGAAUCAUUUGAAACUUUUGAUGGAAUUACUCGAAACAUCUGUGAAAAAUGGCACAUUACCAGCUCGUAAAGUUUGCGAAAUUAUCAUUUCAAGUGAAUUAUUACAACAUAGUAAUCCACAUUUCUGGGUAGAAUGUUUCAAGUUAAUUAAAACAAUUAUUGAUUUAGUAGAAUAUAAAGGUGUGAGAGAGAUUAUGAAGGGAUGUUGUGAGAAAGCUAAAACACUUCCUUGGUGCUUGAACUCUGGUCUACAACCCCAAACUCAAGCUCUUAUGGAAGUGGCUCAAAAGAUAAUGGAUAGAGAUGCAUGUCUUCUGCCAGGGUAUUUACUAGUUAAUGAGCUACAAAAGGCUUUUCCUGAUUGCCCUCAUUGGAGGUUAUCAGCUUUAUUUUCUGAUUAUGUUGAAAGCUUUAGAGCCUGUGCUCAAAUGGUGUCAAUUAUUGGACAGACUGAAAUGAGACCUGUUGUUGAACAUAGUGGCUGUCCUGAACAUUUAGUAAAUCCUUGGAAGCUUGAUCCACAAACUUUGAGAUUUGCCGUUAAAGGUACCUUACCAUAUGCUCCAGAAUUGUUAGAAAAGCAAACUGGUUUAUUGAGAUAUGUAUUAGAGCAGCCUUAUAGUCGUGAUAUGGUGUGUGGUAUGCUAGGCUUGAAUAAACAACACAAACAACAUUGCCAGGCAAUUGAAGAACAACUGGUAGAACUUGUGAUAUUGGCUUUAGAAAGAACAGAAGUGGAAGGAGAUGAACAGGCAACUCAAGACUUGUGGAUUCAUUUAUCUUCACAAUUAAUUUAUUUUGUGUUGUUUCAAUUUGCCAGUUUUCCUAGUCUUGUCAUGUCAUUACAUUCUAGAUUACAGGGAAGGGAUUUACGGAGAGGAAGAGACCAGUUAAUGUGGGUUCUGUUGCAAUUUAUCUCUGGUUCCAUUCAACGUAAUCCUCUCUCCAACUUCCUUCCAGUAUUGAGAUUAUACGAACUUUUAUAUCCAGAACAGGAUCAGCCUCUUCCUGUACCAGAUUUUAACCAACCACAAUGCACUCGUCAGAUGGCAAUGACGUGCAUUUGGAUUCAUCUUACAAAGAAAGCUCAAGCUGAACAAGCAAAUAUUUCUUGGCCUGUUCCAGCUAAAUUACGAGCUCAUCAUGAUUUUCUUCAGCACUUGGUUCCUCCUAAUAACGCAGCUCUAGCAAUGGGGAAUGAUUACAGAAUUGCUUUAUUAUGUAAUGCUUAUUCAACAAAUCAGGAUUAUUUUAGCAAACCAAUGGCAGCACUUGUUGAAACAAUUCAAGGAAGUUCUAAAUCUUCAUCUCCUCCAACUGCACCACUCAGUAUGACAGUUCUUGAUUCACUUACAGUACAUUCAAAAAUGAGUCUAAUACACAGCAUUGUCACUCAUGUUAUCAAAUCUUCCCAAACAAAAUCAGGAAUGCCUCUAUCGCCAGCUCUCGUAGAAACUUACAGCAGACUUCUUGUGUAUACUGAAAUUGAAUCCUUGGGCAUCAAGGGGUUCUUAAACCAAUUGCUACCUCAAGUGUACAAGUUUCAUGCUUGGGGUACAUUGUACACUUUAUUAGAAAUGUUCAGUUACAGGAUGCAUCACAUUCAUCCACAUUAUAGAGUACAGUUGUUGAGUCAUUUACAUUCUCUGGCUGCAGUACCUCAGGCAAAUCAAACUCAGUUGCACCUGUGUGUGGAAUCGACAGCAUUAAGACUAAUUACAGGCCUUGGCAGUGGGGACGUUCAACCCGAAUUAUCCCGUUUUCUCACUGAACCGAAAGGAAUUGUUUCAGCUGAAUCAGAAGAACUCAAUAGAGCUCUUAUUUUAACAUUAGCAAGAGCCACACAUGUUACAGGCAUUGAUGGUUCUUGGUGUCAUGAACUUCUUGCAACAAUCGCUCAAAGCACGCCACAUGCUUGGGCUCCACAAACAUUGGAAUGUUUUCCUAGGGCGAUGGCUGAGUUUUUCACCCAACAUGUUGUACCAAAAGAAAAUAAACAACAACUCAAAAAAGCAGUAGAAGAAGAAAAUAGAAAAUGGGCGUCUAUGAAUAAUGAAAAUGAUAUAAUGGCACAUUUUGGGGUACCAGGUGCACCGCCUUUGUUCUUGUGUCUCUUGUGGAGGAUGUUGCUAGACACAAAUCAUAUAACUCCCAUAUCCUACAAAAUUUUGGAAAGAAUUGGAGCCAGAGCACUAUCAGCACACUUGAGAAAAUUCUGUGACUGCUUGGUAUUUGAGUUCAGUAAUUCACCAGGAGGACAGCAUGUCAAUAAAUGUGUAGAUACUGUCAAUGACAUGAUCUGGAAGUAUAACAUAGUAACUAUUGACCGAUUAGUUUUAUGCUUAGCAUUGAGAACACAAGAGGGCAGUGAAGCGCAAGUUUGUUCAUUUAUUAUACAAUUAGUUUUACUGAAAGCAUCUGAAUUUCGUACAAGGGUGCAAGAUUUUGUUAAGGAUAACUCACCUGAUCAUUGGAAUCAAACAAAUUGGCAUGAGAAACAUUUGGAAUUCCAGAGAAAAUAUCCGGAAAAGUUUGCACCGGAAGAACAGAGUGGAGGUUAUCAUCCUAAUUUUGGAAAUGUUUGUUUAAGGUUUUUGCCUGUAUUUGACAUAGUAGUACACAGAUUUUUGGAAAUACCGCAAGUCACCAAGAGUCUAGAAAUCUUAUUGGAACACCUAGGCUGUUUGUACAAAUUUCAUGACAGGCCAGUCACAUACUUAUACAAUACAUUGCAUUAUUAUGAAUCAAAACUGAGAGAAAGGCCGCCUCUAAAAAGGAAAUUAGUUGCUGCUGUUUUGGGAAGUCUUAAAGAAACUCUUUCUGAACCAUACCAAGCAUUUUUAAAAACAAGCGCGGAAGAAAUAUGGUUACCUGAACUGGACUAUUAUAUCCAAAUGAUAAAGAGGGUGGUAGACGUUAUAAGUGGUACAAAUUCCAAUUCAUCAACAGAUUGGAGAUUUAAUGAAUUUCCAAAUGCUGGAGCUCAUAUACUUUACACUACUUGUGUCGAACUGAUGGCUUUAUCGGUUGGACCAACAGCAAUAGCAAAUGGGUUAUUAGAUGUUAUAGCUAAAGGUUAUGUUAUGAUUCCCUCUGCCGAUAUUCAUCAAUGGAUCAAUGCAAUCGGCUUGGUAUUGUCAGCUCUUCCUAUAAGCUACUGGAAUGUCCUUCACGAAAGACUGAUUUCUACUCUUUCUGAAUUAGAUUCGUGGCCUUUCGAUACCUCGCCAUUUGAUCUUUUCAAUUUCAAACACACCCACUGUGGAUUGUUGCACAACCGAUUUAGUUAUAUGUUAGCACUUGCCCAUUCUGUUUGGCAUCAUGCAGGUCCUGGACAAAUCGCUAGUGUUCCUCGUUGGGUACGAGAAUGUCUUCCUGCAGUCGUAAGGACCGAAGAACAAUUUUUGUAUGUGUGUCAUUUGGUAGGACCGUUUUUGCAGAGAUUUCACAUGGCUAUAGUCGAUUUGACAAACGCUCUAUAUGAAUUACUCGCUCAAGUUGAUCAAGCUCAAGCUGAAUUGAAAUACAUGGAUCCAGUUUGUGAUUUGUUGUAUCACAUCAAAUAUAUGUUUGUUGGGGAUAGUAUGAAAAAAGAACUGGAAGCUGUGGUGAGAAGAUUGCGACCACAGUUGCAACUUAGGCUUAGAUUUAUUGCGCAUCUUACUAUAGAAGAAGUACAUGCAUCAUAAUAAGAUGUGGUUAGUCCAAAUUCAUGAAAAUUAGUUUCAACAAGUAUUUGAUCCUACUGUAACGGUAAGCUCACAAAGUAUAACUUAUACUUCAUUGAAACAUGUGAAUAUGGCAUUAUUAACAAAUUUGAAAUACUGUAUAACCUCAAUAAUGGUGAUAAAGAUCUCUGAGAGCAAUAAUGCAUCUGAUGGUUUUAAAUGAAUUUGCCUUGGACAAAGUAACUGUUCAAAAUUAUAAUUUCACAUAAUCUGAAUUCAACCCACUUUAGGUUAAAGCACAUAUAGUGUCAGUAUUCUACUGCCAGUCCAGCCAAUUACUAAUAUUUUAUAACCACAAUAGCUUUUUGUGACCUAUCUAUGUUCUGGCCUCAACCAUUUGCUGAAUAAUCAGGCGAGGGAUGUAAUAUUUGGUACCUCACAUUAUAUGCCCGAAAUAACUGACCUUUUUUGUUUUUAUGAUGUUUAUCGAGUUUUCGACCCUUAUUCAGCUGUCUGAAUACCUCUUGAUUAAGUUGGAAUUUCUGGAACUGUUAGUGAUAUUCAUACUGAACACAAUGUUUACACUACCACUACAGUAACACUCACAAUAUUACACCAUCUGACGCGCGUUUCAAUAACCAAGUUAUCAUCUUCAGAGACAGAAGGUAAACUACAACCUAAUAACUUGUCUUACCUGUUUUAUACUGAAUUUCCCACCAACAAACCUCUCCUGAAAAUGAAUUCCAGUGGGAAAACUUCCUUGGUGGGAAUCUUCACAUUUAUUCCUUGACUACUAAACUAUAGAGUGGUGGUUGCUUUGAUUCAUUUAGUAGACUGUAUUUUACAGUAUGUCUGAUGUCUGGCUUGGUAUUCUGAUAAUUCUAGUUGAGAGUAAAAUUUUAAUGUGUUAACUUUUAUUUUUACUUCUCUCUUCUUCAACUUCCCUUUUACAACAACCUUUUUGAUCGCAAUCAUUAUCAAUAAAAAUUAUCUUACAAAUUGUUAAAAGAUUCCAUAGGCAGCUGUUGCUUAAAAUUGUACAUUUUAAAAAAUCAAAUUAAAUUAUACCUUUGCCCUUUAUCCCUAUUUAAGCUUUUCUUACAUUUAGUUGUAGUGUAAACAGUAUGUUUAUUACUUCAUUACUGAUAUAUGAAGUCCAUGGGAUCUUAAGAUUUUUUGAUAGCACCACAUCUUCUACUCUUCUAUUUUAUUUAUGAUGUCAGCUUUAAGUGUCCAUAUAAUUUCAGUGUAACUGACUAAAAUCAAUUAUAACUAAUAAUAGCGUUGUGGGGAGGCUAAGGACCAAUAAUAGUUGCUUUGUCAGUAAAUCUAGAUCAUCCUAUUAACUAGAUAGAUGGUAUUCCUUAACUGUGCAUGUUGCUUUUGUAACAUAAAUUUAUCCAAAAAUAGA